CCAUGGAUUGUCAACAUGCCAACCCUUCAAGAUGAAGCCAUUCCAAAGGCCAAGCAGCCGUAAAAGCAGCACAGCUUCAGCAGCAAAGAGACUCAAGUGAACGACUUGCAAGGGUAUCCUAUUGACAUUCUAAGCAGCUUACUGUGUCCAGUACCUUGAUACGCAUACUUAGUUUAAAUUUGAAAGAAGCAAUCACCAUGCUACCGGUGCCCUCUCGACAUCUUCAUCAGUUUCUUUCCAAGCUUCUUCUGGUGGCUUUGACAACAGUUUUCUACUUGUUGGAAUCUUCUGCAUUUUCUCCCCCAAAGCCAAUACCAACCAUACGGCAUGCAUCAGCUAUACUGAUAUCAAGUCACACGUCCACUAGUCUGCAGUCAUCCGCCAAUGCCCUGUUUACACAAGUAUUAUCCGACGUCGAUGACACCUUGAAGAGCAGUGGCGGCGUCAACGUAGCCGGUGUCAAUUUGGGCGGCAUUGAUAUUCAAUAUGAACGUGGGGAAAUUUACCCCGGGGUGGCACAGUUCAUGCUCGAAGUCAGCAUGGGUGGCAGCAGCAGUCGCGUCAACGGAACACUCGAGAAAUGCCCUCCCAAAGUGGCCAUUUUGACGGCACGAGCCGAAGAAUUCAAGGCCGCACUCGAACUCAAACAAGAUUCCAAAAUCGCCGUGGCCCUACGAACGGCGGCCGAAGCAUCCGGCGUCCAACAGUGGGGAUUGGGACCCGUCCUCUACGGAUCCGUGGCCGAGUGGAUCAUUCAAAACAAAAAGGGAUUGCGCAAAUUUACCAACUUUGAACGCUUGCUGGAACAGGAUCCCACCGGCACUAUACUCCAAUACGUUUACGUGGGAGAUACGGGGGAACUGGAUCAAGAAGCGGGAGAAACCAUGCUGCGAGAGUAUCCCGAAGUGGUCAAGGCAAUCUUUCUGCACAAGGUAUCCAACGAACCAAACGUCCCGGUCGUGGUGCCACCGCCACGGUUGAUCAAUGGGAGACCCAUUGUCUUUUUCCGGACAUAUGUAGGCGCCGCCACUGCGGCCUUGCAGCUCGGGCUCAUGGAUAUUGAAGGCGUACAACGUGUCAUCUACAGUGCCCGGGACAUGCUCAAAGAUGUACCCAAAACGAGCGAAAAAUGGGUGGAUGUCGAACGAGAUAUACAAGCCGCCAACCGGAUUGUCUUUCAGAGCUAGCUAGCUGAACUACUGGCAUACAGUAUAGAGCGUACAUGUACCUGCAUGUUUGGUUCAACUACAUGUACCACGCUACUCUGGAAUUGACAUUGACUAUACUCUUGGAGUAUUCGAUUACUAGUAGAGAGUUGCAGGUAAUGCCAUUCUGCACCCUACUCUAAAACCCCCCUUUGGGAUAAAGGGAAACAUGCAACGUUUCCAAUACUUCUCAGAAUCUAGCCACCUUAUCGAGGCCUUGACUAUACUUAAUACGCACAACCUAUUGGCAACUGCAUUUACAAUUACUCCUAUCGUCCUUUUUUAAAGUAGAAGCUAUAGGCACUUUAUUAGCUAGUGGGACGAAGGCAUUUGUUCAGAUCUAUUUUCAGGAGCUUCUUUGGGGACGCCAAGGGCGACAUACGGCUUGAGCUAAAAUGUUGGAGGCAGCAAGACAAUAAGCAACAAAGUUGAGAUUCGGUAUACAGCAAGGGACCCUACAUGUUGUAGUAUUGUACAACGAGAAGAAGUCAAGGUCACCAAACUCACCUUGAAUCCUUCCAAAUCUGGGACAAUUAACUGCAAACGCUUCAAGGGAUCCACAAUGAAUUUUCCUUUGCUCGUCAGUCGACCUUCUUUGGUGCCCCCUUUGCCUUUGUAGUAACCUUUUCGAGCUCGUUUUGUGGUGAGGGGCUGUCGCUUGGUUGCUUGCUUCGACAUGUAUUUGCUCAUGUGUCGAACGGAAAGAGCAAACACUGACGAGACAAUGGAAUCAUAGCUCCGUCGAAAGAGGGGCUGCCAUCGAUUCAUCUUGCUUCAGAAAGACUUGUGCUUUGGAUGGAUGUGCUUGUGAGUUGGUUGUGCUGUUGUUGGCGGCACGAACGGUGGCCGUCGUCUCGCCGCAUAACCCUCGACAAUUUCUAAAGGGUUCGAGUUUUGGAUCUUUGACUCUGGGAGGAAACGGUUCUCAAACUGUGUAGAAACGAAAGCGUGACUGAAACCGCACCCCGACAUCGGUCCCUCCACUUUUUGAAACUUACUUU